CAGCACAGGAGCUGCCUUUACCUCGUCUCUUUUCACGGAGGAGAUCCCGACAGCCGGAGUAACAGCUAAACCCCCCCGUACAGCCAUGGCAGAAAACGCCGGCUUGGAACACCGCAUCAAGAGCUUUAAAAACAAGGGACGAGAUGUCGAGACUAUGAGAAGACAUCGAAAUGAGGUGACAGUCGAGCUGAGAAAGAACAAACGAGACGAACAUCUACUGAAGAAGAGAAAUGUCCCGCAGGAGGAGAGUCUGGAGGACUCUGAUGUCGACUCAGACUUCAAAGGACAAAAUGUUACACUUGAUGCCAUCCUACAGAACGCUACCAGUGAUAAUGCUGUAAUCCAGCUCAGUGCUGUACAGGCAGCCAGAAAACUGCUCUCGAGUGACAGAAACCCCCCCAUCGACGACUUGAUAAAGUCUGGCAUCCUGCCCAUUUUAGUCAAAUGCCUGGAAAGGGACGACAACCCCUCUCUUCAGUUUGAGGCAGCUUGGGCUCUGACCAACAUCGCGUCCGGGACGUCAGCACAGACUCAGGCUGUGGUUAAAUCCAAUGCAGUGCCCCUGUUCCUGCGACUGCUGCACUCUCCCCACCAGAAUGUUUGUGAACAGGCUGUAUGGGCUUUGGGAAACAUUAUAGGUGAUGGUCCACAGUGCCGGGACUAUGUCAUCUCCCUGGGCGUGGUCAAGCCUCUGCUAUCUUUCAUUAACCCAUCGAUCCCCAUCACCUUCCUCCGCAACGUCACCUGGGUCAUUGUCAACCUCUGCCGCAACAAGGAUCCGCCGCCGCCCAUGGAGACUGUGCAAGAGAUAUUGCCAGCCCUCUGUGUGCUAAUAUAUCACACCGAUAUUAAUAUCCUUGUAGACACAGUAUGGGCCCUGUCCUAUUUGACAGACGGCGGCAACGAGCAGAUUCAAAUGGUCAUUGACUCUGGAGUCGUUCCAUUUCUUGUGCCUCUCCUCAGCCAUCAGGAGGUCAAAGUACAGACGGCAGCUCUGAGGGCAGUGGGGAACAUCGUGACAGGGACAGACGAGCAGACGCAGGUUGUGCUCAACUGUGACGUCCUCUCACACUUCCCCAACCUUCUCACACACCCUAAAGAAAAGAUCAAUAAGGAAGCAGUCUGGUUCCUGUCCAACAUUACAGCUGGGAACCAGCAGCAGGUCCAAGCUGUGAUCGACGCUGGACUCAUUCCUAUGAUUAUUCACCAACUGGCUAAGGGCGACUUUGGCACUCAGAAGGAGGCAGCCUGGGCCAUCAGCAACCUCACCAUCAGCGGGAGAAAAGACCAGGUGGAGUUCCUGGUUGAGCAGAAUGUCAUCCCUCCAUUCUGUUACCUGCUGUCGGUGAAGGACUCGCAGGUGGUGCAGGUCGUCCUCGACGGCCUGAAGAACAUCCUGAUCAUGGCGGGAGACGAAGCCAGCACUAUCGCUGAGAUCAUUGAGGAGUGUGGAGGUUUGGAGAAGAUAGAAAACCUGCAGCAGCAUGAGAAUGAGGAUAUCUACAAACUAGCCUUUGAGAUUAUUGAUCAAUACUUUUCAGGAGAUGAUAUCGAUGAAGAUCCCAGCUUGAUCCCCGACACCACUCAAGGAGGGACAUUCAACUUUGAUCCAGCUUCCAACAUGCAAACAAAAGAGUUUAAUUUCUAAGAAUCCAGGAUGUUCGCUUCAACCAGCUGCACGGGUCACCCUAAGACAUUCAUCCAUCUCUCCUCCAACCUGGCAACCUGGUACAGAAGGAUUUACAAAAACAUCACGUCAACAAAAAAAAAAACAAAACUCACCACUGAAGGAUUUACCCACCCCAACCUCUCUGCACUGCGGGGUGUUUUUUUUUUUUUUGUUUUGUUUUAUUUCUCCAUCCUUCACUGUACACGGUUUAAACCUACAUUGGAAUCCUGGUCAUCCAACGGGGCACCAUCACCAUCUGGCAACCUGCAUCUGGAAGGAUUGUCUGCACUGUCUGCUAGUGCUUCGAAACACAUCACUCAAAAAUACAAACCAGAAGGUAGAGAAAGCCUUCAUGGCAGCUUAUUGCCAAAUGUCAAAUCUUCAUAGAGACAAAAAAACACACAAGCACAUUUUCAGACACACACACACACUCACAUGUACACACAUUUCGAAACACUUAGAAUUUGUGUGCAUACUUCUGUUAGAAGUCGUCAUAUCACUUAUGGGGGGAGAAAUACUGCUGUUCGUUUGUGCUUUCUUUUUGUGCUUUCCCCCCUCCCCUGGAUCGUCCUCUGGUGUUAACUUCACCUACGUUCACGCACACUGACAAACAACAACACACAUUGACACACUUUAGUCACACAGAUUCCUGAUGGUCGGGCACCCCCUCCCCCAAAUAACCCUCUUCCAAACCAGUUUAAAGAGUUAAUCCCAGAGCUAAGCCAUGACUAACCACGGACUCCCCCCCCCCCCCCCCCACUGCCCUCCCAGAAGAGUCCUGGGGCAGGUGGUAGGGAUGAAAGGGCUCCAAGGCGAAAAGAGGACUCCGUGGCGAACUGACUGACGGGACUUUCGACUCAAUGACGUCACUUUUUUUUUUAACGUGACCUCUGUUGAAUUAUCAAACUUGUUAAUAAGGAAAAAAAGAAAUCAUCAAAAUGUGAAGAAAAUGCCAUAAUUUUUUUUUUUUUUCUUUUCAAUUCAUGCAACUGUAAGACCUGCUUACUGCAAAGCGACAAAAGCUUCUUUUUUUUCUACAGAUGUAUGAUUACCUAUCAGGAGGAAUCACCUUUAGGUGAAGGCGCAGAGACUUAGUAGAAGAGGGUCAUGUCAGCUGUAGUGUUCCCCCUCCUCCCCCCCCUCCUCCCCCCACCUACAGGACAUCCAUUUCUGCAGCAUGAGCUCGGUUCACGUCCUCUGAUCCAGUGACCCGUCUGCUCUAGACUCCCCUGUAAUGUGAAGCUUGAAAAAAAAAGGGGGGGUGGGGGGUCAACUUAGUUUAUUUUUGUUUGUAUUUUAAAGAAAAGGAAAAAGUCGAGCUCAAAUCGGCCUGAAUCAAACUUGUUUUAAUUAUUUUUUAAACCUCUCUUUAGGAAAAAACAACUUUAGGUUCAUAUUUCAGCUUCUCCUGGUUGAGUCUGUGGAGCUUCCAUUUGUCUCUUUUAUUCUUCUUUUUUUUUUUUCUUCAGUCUUAUGCACACGUCUGAGAGGCAUAUUGAUGUCUGCCUGCAGAAAGGGACCUAUUCUCCUCGAAGACUAGACUUAUAUAAUGAGUACAGGUCCUGACCUUUACAGUACUUAACUACUUUUGAUGAAGAGGUAACAUGUCAUCACUCGAUUUGAAUAAUUGUACAAAAACAAAUGUGAUGUGUAAUCUCUCCUUUGCCGUCUAAUGAAUAUAUGAAUAUAUUUACAUAAAGCCUGUACAAAGCUGCUGCAGCUGACAGUCAUUGGAUGGACGAUUAACCUUACUGUCAAAGAUGGCUGGGGAGGUUUUAUUUUUUCUUUUGGAAGCAAUAUUUCUUUGUUUUAUUGUUUUUAUUUUUGACUUGCAUAUGUAUUGUGAUGACAUGCUGAUAAAUUGGAACAGGCUGUUUUUUUUUCCUCUCUCUCUCUUCGUAGUGGUGACGGGCUGUUUAAAAAUGUGCCGUCCCAUGUCUCAGUUGGUGUGUGGGUGCGGCUUCAGGGUGUCAAAAAGAAAUCCCUGAACCUGACCCCAGCCCCUGGUCUCGAAGACUUUAUGAUCCUCUGGUUGGCUGCUAACUACUGAGAGGGGGUCAGAACGACGGGUGGGGGUGGGGUGGGUCACACUUGGGGUUUUAAAUAUUGGGGUGGGGUUGUUAUGCGCAGCCCAGGCUUGUUUUUGGGACUAGCUGUUUAUUACUGAACAAAACUAUAGAGAGGGUGUACAGUCAUGAACUAGCAGACUAGACCGAGCCACUUUAAAGAUUUACAAUUUCGUUGCCUUGUAUUCGCAUUGGAUACAAGCUUAUGUUUGUUGCAAGAUUUUUACUUGCUAAUGAAAAGUUGUUUUAAAUAUAAAAAAAUAAUAAUAGGAGAAAAGCAACAGACAGCGUUUUGGCCUCUGAUUGUUUAUAUCUUUUUAUAAAUUUUAGAUUGAAUUCCUCUCUUUAAGGUGGCUCAUUGAUGCUUUCAACUCUUGUGCAUAUUAAAGACAAGAACGAGUUGAAAAUCAUUGUGCCUUUUGUUUUUCAUUUCAACUAAAACAACGUUUUAUUGAAUAGAAAAAAAAGAAUUCUUCUCGCGACAUGGAGAAUAGAGAAACGGGAGAUGUGGCUACAGGAAUAAAUGUGCUCUCUCCCUGUUGUUUGGAGUUGCCAUGGGAAUGCUCUAUGCUGCUCUCUGCUGUUGAGAGUAACUGCUCCCCUCCGAUCUUAUUCACUAAACAUUGUAACACACCAUUUCUCCCACUCAUUACUCCCCCUUCCCCCUACCCCCAAAACACCACCAAUCAUGAUUGCCAUAUUACCGUCAGGGGAUUUUUGAAAUGAUCUCAUCUCACCCUCAGGACAUAAUCUGUGUUUCUGAUCCUAACCAAAAUAAACUUGCUGUUUAGCCGUUGGAUCCUU